AUGUUUUGUCAUUCAUCUUUACCUAAAAUUCGACAUACGUAUCCUACUUAUAUUACGUCAAAAAAUCAUAAUAUAAAAACUGUUUUAAAAAGCGCGAUAUAUGAGAAUAUAUAUACAAUUCCAAAUUUUCUUACAUUCUCUCGAUUAAUUUUUGCACCAGUAACAGGUUAUUUUAUUUUGCAUCAACAAAAUUUAUAUGCUAUCAUUCUUUUCAUUUAUGCAAGUCUAUCUGAUAUGUUGGAUGGAUGGAUCUCACGAAAAUGGAAUGCAAAAAGCAUCUCAGGAACAAUCCUUGAUCCAAUGGCCGAUAAAUUUUUUAUCAUCAUAUUAACACUUUGUCUCUCCAUUCAACAACAAAUUCCAUUUUUUCUUUCUUCUGUUAUAAUCGGAAAAGAUAUAAUUCUUGGAUUAUCCGCAAUAUAUUAUCGUUGGAUUUCUCUUGAUCCCCCUCGUACAUUUAUACGUUACUUUGAUUUUUCAAUACCAAGUGUUGAGAUCAAACCUACAUUAAUUAGUAAAGUAAAUACCGCUCUACAACAUUUACUUAUUGGUACAACAAUGGUUUGUCCUUUGAUCCAUUCGGAAAUUAUGCCUAUUUUUCUUAAUCCUCUUCAAUAUCUUGUUUUUACAACAACUGUAUGGUCAGACGCCGUUCGCAUUUUAAACUACAAAAAUAAAAAACAAUAA